CAUGCGCAGAGGGUGGUUCCGCUCGUGCGGGCGGGGCGUUGCCAUGGCAGCGGGUGCGGCGCCGCGGCCUAGUCCCAGGCGGCCGCCUCCAGCAUCACCUGCAGCCGGUGGGACCGUCCCGGCGUCCCAGCGCCCUCAGCGCACACAGCGCUGCUGUUCGCCUCCCGCAGCUCCCUGCAGGCCGCUGCCUAGACACCCCUCACCCCAAAUCAUACAGCCUUGGGGACGCAGCGCCUGUCCCCUCCAUCCUGCUGGCAGCCCUUUGGUGUCACCCACCAUCCGUUCCCAGCGCUGGUCCAUCCAUCUGUCCGUCUGUCUGUCCACCCAUGGCUCACCUCCUGGGCCACCCCGGCUGCAUGGCGAGCCUGCAGGCCGACCUGAGGGACCUGCAAGGAGCCAUCGCCGACGUCACCUCCCGCACCGGCCCUGCACGAUUCCCAUCCUGGAAGUUCCCCAACAAAGUGUCCUGUGAGCUGGACCUGCUGGCGCUGCUGGAGCGGUACAGUCACGCCGAGGGGGAUCCUGAGUUCAGCCAGCAUGCGCAUGUGGUGCUGCUGGAGCUGGUGAUAGACAGGUGA